AUGCCUUCCUUCUUCGACUUCCAACAAGGUCACGACCCGCGCGGGGCAACAAGCGACAGCUCGCCCCUUUUAGGACGCUUUCGCGCCGUGCCGGAUGCGUCGCGACGGAAUGGGGCCCAUAGAAAUAGUCUGAGUCUGCUGGGCAGCUUUACGACAGGUAGGAGAUAUGCGGGCGUGUUUGGGAAUAGAGAUACUGGCGAUGAUAGCAGUUCAGAGGGUCAGGAUGGGGACGCAGUGGGGGUGGUAAAGGGGUUGUCGAGAACGUUGAGAGAUCUUUGGCUGGAUCCGAAGCAGGCCGCUGUGGCGAGGGUGGUGGAUAAGUGGUGGACAAGAUGGACGGUGCUGGUUGUGCUACCGGCUGCUUUGGCUGUAGCUUGGUGUGCUUUACCGUUCCCUCAGUACGAUCUACCAGAUGACGACGAUGUGCAAGCAUUCAGCUUUGGUCUGGAUGCUCUAGGACACAAGGUACCGGGUCAUGGAGAAGCUCGAGUAGAGAUCAACUUCUGGUUCUUCUUGUUUGUGUACUACGGCUUCUAUAAUAUAACUGCUUUGAUGUGGAUUACGAAAGUGUUCAACAUCUACAGUCUGAACUGGUGGCCGCAGAGUCUAGGUUUCCCGUUUACCGUCUCAGUCAUUGCAACUAUAUCAAUCGCAGCACCAAUCCCUAUUUACUACUUCCCCCAAUCAAGGUAUUUCACGAAACACAAUACCGUAUGGAUAUGCUGGACCUUUUUCACCAUGGCAAUGCCACUUAUCAUCGCCUUUGCUAUUCUCAUGAACCACGAGCGCCAUCUGGGACUUCGACAAUCUCUUUCCGAAACACAGCGAAUAUUUACAUCCUCAUGGUGGACGGGAGAGACCGAGACAAUUGUGGGAAGAGACCCACAGCGAAGGCCAGCGGUCCAGCAAUCAACGUUUGAUCCUGAUGCUCCGCUGGAAGUUGCUCUUGCUACAGACAAUAUGAAUCGUCGAGAAUUGUCAUUGAGGAAACGCUGGAUCCCAGCUAGCUUUGUCAGAUUCAUAUGGUUUUGCUUAGCUCUCUUCAUCGGGAUGCUGGCUUAUGUCUUGGGAGAAGCAUAUGCCGAGACAUAUCUGAGAACGUUGCCACAUACAACUCUUGCAACGAUUGUCUACGUCUACAGCUGGGUCGCAACCGUGCACAUCUUGGACGGAAUAGUCGGCUGGAUACUCGGUGGAAACGAAGGUGAGAGGGUGGGGAGUUAUCCCUUAGGUUGGAUAUUCAAACUUUACUUCGCACUAACCUACCAAACCUACGUCCGAGCUCUAUACGCCCGUCUCCGCUCCCCCGAACAGUUCAUAUAUCUCCAAAUCCUCUCAUCAUCAUUCCUGAUCAUCCUCGGACCUCUCACAAUGUCUAAACCCUUCCACUACGUCCUGAGCGUCCUCUCUAUAAACGGUCAAACCCUCCCAUCCUACCAGAAGUUCUGCGCCAGGAAUAUCUUCAUCAGAGGUCUAGCGGAGAACGUCUCUAUGCUCACAUUCGUGGGCUCCAUUCUCGUGCUUCAUUACGGGAGUAACAAAGACGUCUACCCCUAUUUCGCAUUCGACUCGGAGAACUCCCCUCCCCAAUUUUCCCGUGGAAGUCUGCCCAUCGGCGGCGGCGAAAUGUACGAUUUCGGACUCACGUUCUACGCCUCUCUGGUCACCUGGGCAUGCGAGAUAGUCGCCGGCUGGAUCGUCCGACGCAUCCUAUGGUACGGAUGGGCUUCUGACGUCACGGGAGAAGCAAAGGCGGAUCUGGCCAUGUGGCCCGAGUUGUUGCCUACGGGUGUGGUUGUCAUGGUUCAUGUCUUGCAGAACAUGUUGUUUUCGAUUGUGCGGCUGAGAUUUCAUUGA